AUGAAGAAAACAGAGCUCUUGUUCAUCCCUGGUCCAGGGAUGGGUCAUCUGGCCUCGGCUGUGGAGUUUGGGAAGCUUCUUAUCAAUCGAGAUGAGCAUCUUUCUAUAGUUUACAUCAUCAUUGACCUUUCCUAUAAUACUGGAGUUGAUGCCUUCAUGGAAUCCCAAUUAACAGACGCCAAUUCAUGCAUACGAUUUGUGAACAUCCCUUAUCAGAUUGAUUCAUCAGAUCAUCAAGAACCAAAAUCCAAGAACAGAAAUGUUGUCGCUGUUGAGCUGAUCAAUCGACAGAAACCACUUGUCAGAGAUGCAGUCCUUGACAUAAUAUCUAAGGCCAAUUCGGAUCGAGAAAUUGCAGGUAUUAUAGUUGACAUGUUCUGUGUAGGCAUGAUUGAUGUGGCACAUGAAUUUGAGCUGCCCAGUUACAUGUUCUACACUUCUAGUGCUGGUUUCCUUGGACUUAUGUUGCAUGUUCAGUCAUUACAUGAUGAAUACAAUGUAGAUAUCACCGACUAUAAAGAUUCAGAUGCUGAGCUCCUGGUCCCGAGUUUCAGCAAUCCAGUGCCUGCUAAGGUGUUGCCCACCACAAUGCUAGACAAAAAAGGGGGCUCAGCAGCUGUUGUUACUUCAGCUCGAAGGAUGCUAGAAGUGAAAGGAAUCAUAGUUAACACGUUCCACGAGCUAGAGUCAUAUGCAAUUAAGUCACUUUCGGGUCAAGAAGGAAAGAUCCCACGAAUCUACCCGAUCGGACCUAUAAUCAACUGGAACUCUAAGCAGGAUGAUGGGAUCAUGAGCUGGUUAGACACUCAACCUUCUUGUUCUGUGGUGUUUUUGUGUUUUGGGAGCUUAGGAAGCUUCAGCUGUGAGCAGGUGAAGGAGAUUGCAGUGGCUCUGGAGCAUAGUCGGUGUCGGUUUCUGUGGUCCUUAAGGCAGCCUCCAGCAAAGGGAGAGAUUGAUGCUCCAUCUGCAUAUGCAAAUCCCGAGGAAGUUCUCCCUGAAGGCUUCUUGCAGAGAACUUCUGGGGUUGGAAAAGUGAUUGGUUGGGCACCACAAAUGGCAGUCUUAUCUCACCCUGCAGUCGGAGGUUUUGUUUCUCACUGUGGUUGGAAUUCUAUCUUGGAGAGCUUGUGGGCUGGAGUGCCCAUUGCUGCCUGGCCUAUGUAUGCUGAGCAACAGACAAAUGCUUUUGAGGUUGUAGCGGAGCUGGGAAUUGCUGUUGAAAUAAAAAUGGAUUACAGGAACGAUGCUAACAUGGAGAGCAAGAUAAUAGUCUCAGCUGAUGAGAUAGAGAAUGGGAUAAAGAGACUUAUGAUGGACAGAAACAAGGAUGAAAUCAGAGAGAAGGUGAAGGAUCUGAAAGAAAUAUGCAGACAGGCAAUUGUGGAGGAAGGUUCAUCCUACAUUUCUUUGGCUCAUCUAAUUGAAAAUUUUAAAGAAAAAAUGUAGAGGAAUGUGGUAAUAAUUUUCAUUUACAGAUUUUGUUUGUUAAUGAAAGCACUUCUGUGCAUGUCCUCUAUUUGUCUAAUUGCCAGUCUGA